AUUCUGAGAGAUUCUUUCCCUUUUUUUUUUAAUUAUAAAAAAAGUUUGCAUGCAGGCAAUUGAAUUAUCUGAGUCCUGGCUUCAGAAAUUUUGGUAACAGAUCUCUGCCCUAACUUUCUGUAAAUGCAUAUCUGUAGAUAUGUUCCCCCUUGGCUCUGUCAGAUUCUCACUUGCAUGGGAGGUUGCCUUGGAUGCUUCCCAAAACCUCCUGUAAUUAUUUCAAUUGAUGAUGCAUCUAAGCAACUAAGAACUCAAGGCCAAGCAAUGGACAAAGACUACAGAUCAGAUGAUUUUUGGAGCAGCAGUGCUUUUGAAAUAGAUCAGAGUGCACUUCAGUCUCAGAAAAGCAUCUCAUCAAUUGGCCUAUCAAACCAUCCUUCUGAUCCUCAAAGUAGUGCUGGAAUUCAGAUUGAUUCUCCUGAAUUUGUCAAUCAUGGCCUUCUUCUCUGGAACCAGACAAGGCAAGAGUGGGUUGGAAAUAGAAGGCUUGAGAAUAAGAAACAAGUUGGAGAACCUAGAAUAAGUUGGAAUGCAUCCUACGAGAGUUUACUGGGGUCUAGCAAGCCUUUUCCCCAGCCCAUUCCUCUUGGAGAAAUGGUUGACUUUCUUGUUGAUAUUUGGGAGCUAGAGGGUCUAUAUGACUGAGCAGACAAAACAUGGUUUUCUUUCUCUUUGGAUUUUCCUUAGAUUUUGCAGGAAAGGGGAGGUGGGUUAGAAUUUGUUCAUUCAAUUACAUCCCCACUGGAUAAUUGUACAUGGGGUAUCUUCUAACUAGUUGGUUUUAUUUAAUCUCUUGGAUGUGUCCAUUUUACAUCAUGUAUAUUACACCAAUUGUGUAAUUCUACCUGGUUUUCUAUUAAAGUUGAUGAUUCAUAGACUAAUCCCUCUGCAGCAAAGGGAAUACUAUGUUAAUUUCAUGCUUCUGUUGGUGCAAGGGUUUGUCCUAGGCGCUGAUAUUUAAGAACUGACACAAGAAAGGUGUUACACUUACAGCCAAGGACACAUGUUUAUGUUCUUGGACCGAUAUUUGUUCUCAAAAAUUAAGGUGUCAUCCAUCCACUACUGCAAUAAGAAUACUCUCAAUUAAAGGCACUUGUGAUUACUCUUUUAAUAAGAACACUCUCAAUUAAGAUGUGGACCGAUGUAAUAUUCAAAUCACAAAAAUCGUUUAUUUAAUUAAUAUUCAUAACGGGCCUUAUGGCACUUGAAAACAAUACCCUUUCACAAUUUUUCUGUUUUUAGCGAUACGGGUG